GGUGAACAUAGUAGUUGUAUACCUUUGUAUAGGCCUUUGAGCAAUGUCACAUUCAGGUGAGAUUGAUACUGCUUCGUUGGAUGUUCUUCUACAAGAGCUCUCUGGGGAUUUGCCCAAGGAAGUGUCCCCGUUGUUAGAAGAUGAGGAGCUUCGUGGUGAGAUCCUCAGGUACCUUAACGACAUCAGUUGCAUUGAUUCCAAGGAGUACUUGUCCUCGGUGCCCCCAACUCCCGCGUCAGGCUUCUUCACGCAGGAGGAUAGAACUCUUGUACAGGAUAUUGCCGAAUUAGAGGCACAGGGUCGUUCAAUUGAGACACAACUGAAGAGUUUGAUUGUUCAAUCACAGGAGUCGAUUGUUCAAACAAAGACACAGCUGAACGAUGCAGAAGUGUUGUUUGAAACUCAAUUCAGUGCCAUUUUCAACUCUAUUUGGAGAACGUUCAAUGAAGAUGAACUUGAGGAGGUUAAAGAUCAAGAUCAAGAGCUAUACUCGCUUGAAACUGAUCUGAAUCCAGAGGAUAACGAUUCGACGUUUCAAUCUGUCGUUGCCAACGUGAAGAAUUUGAUACACGAGAAUGAUGAGACGAACAAGAACCUUUCCAUUGUAUUGGAGAAUAUGGAUCAGAUCAUCAACAUCCUGGAUCUCCCUUCUCUUACUGGGCUAUGUGUAAAGGCUGGUUACUAUGCGGAGGCCCUUGAGAUUAGUUCCUAUACGAGAAGAUUGGCUAUCAGAUUUCCAUUUAGCGAUCUGAUCAGAGAAGUCGAAUCUGGAAUUAAAAAUGAAAUGUCGCAGAUGCUAAUUGGUCUUAUUAGGCUGUUGAGGACCAACUUGAAGCAGUCGUCGAUCAUCAAGAUUAUGUCAUAUCUGAGAAGAAUCCCACCAUUUAGUCAGGUGAAAGAUUGUGAUAGUCAGUUGAAACGGAUUAUGCUUCAUACUCGGUAUCAAUUCAUCAAGUUGGAGUUAGAGUCGUUAAAGCCUUUGAAUGAAGGUGGGAUGCAUGAGAAGUAUCUCAAGAGAAGCAUUGAAUUGAUUAGAGAAUAUGGGUUCAGUUCUAUUAUGACGUUUAAAAACGUGUUUCCAGAUAAUGUUGCAGAUGAGAUGUCGUUAGUUAAGAUUGAAAUUGUACCGGAAGAGGAGGCAGCGAAGGAAGAUAAAGUGGAGGACGACAAGUCGCUCGGUAGAAUCGACUCCAACUUUAGUGAUUUGACCACAGCUUUAUUACUCAAUGCCAGAACACAGGACAACUCCGCGUUCCUAAUGGACCGCAAACCUGGAAAGCCCGCUCCUGUCGGGUUGGGCCACGCAGUGCUCAAGUUUCAGUUUGGGCAACACCCGGCACGCGCAAGGCUCAACUUCUUGGGAGGAAAACAAGCCCAAGUAUGGGCUUCCCGCUCGGACACAGCGCUGUCUAACGGCUCUGCACUUGCCGGUAGUAAUCCGGCAAGCAAAACAACAACAACAACAACAACAACAACAAAACCAGCGGCGGUGUCGAGCAAUGGUGUUGGUAACGCUGAGGAGGUGAAAAGAUCAGAGACUGAUCUCUCCAAGACAAACAGCGUUGCCAAUGGUGCGACUCGGUCCAGCGUGGAGAAGCCAAUCAAGCAAACAGCAACCAAGGAUGAGAAGGCCACUGUUACCGAGACAAGAGAAGUUGUGCUUGAGAGGUUCCCUUGGAAAAACAUUGGUUCCUUCAACGAAGGAAAGAAGUUCGACAGCUCUUAUGUGACUGAUUCUUACUUGAUUAAACAGUUUGUCACAGAGACCUUCCGUGGGGAUUGGUACUGGAAUGUCGUGUUAGUCGUUGGUUUAUGCUUCUUCUCAUGGCUCAUUGCCAGGGUUAGGUUUGGCUUCUUUGGAUUCAUCUUUGUACUGCUGUGCGCUUCUUCUGUUUACAGAGCGGAGUACCGCCGUUUCGAGCGAAACGUGAGGGAUGAUAUUCUCAGAAUCAAUGCCAGGGAGAGAUUGGAGAAGAAGUUUGAAACUAUGGAAUGGUUGAACAACUUUUUGAUGAAAUUUUGGGUCAUCUAUAUGCCUGCUCUUUCAGAGACAGUGAUGACAAUUGCCAAUGAAACAUUGAAAGAUUUGGCACCUGGUUAUGGUAUUGAUGCACUUUCGUUGGAUGAGUUUACUCUUGGUUCAAAGGCCCCAAGAAUUGACUCAAUCAAGUCCUACACAAAGAAGGGAAAAGACAUUGUUGAAUGGGAUUGGGCCUUCAGAUUCACCCCAAAUGAUACUUCGGAUAUGACAAAGAAUGAAAUUGACAGAAAGAUUGAUCCAAAGGUUGCACUGGGUGUCCGUGUGGGUAAAGCUAUGAUCUCUAAGAAGUUACCUAUUCUUGUUGAAGAUAUGUCAGUGAGUGGAAGGGCAAAGAUCACCCUGGAGCUUUCUGCAGACUUCCCUCAUAUAAGACUUGUCUCUGUCUCUAUCCUGGAACCACCAGAGAUUGAUUUCAGUUUGAAACCAGUUGGUGGUGACACUUUUGGACUCGAUGUGAUGUCAUUGGUUCCUGGUUUGAAGACUCUGAUCAAGACCUUGAUCAACAGUAACGUCGGUCCAAUGCUAUAUGCACCAAACCAGUUGGAUGUUGACGUUGAAGAAUUAACGGCUCAGGCCGUCCCAGAAGCCAUUGGUGUUGUCGCUGUAACCACAAAGGGUGCAGACUUCAAUGAAUCAAUUACACCAUAUGUACAAAUUUCUACAGGCGGAGAUUUGACAAAAUAUUCUCGUACAGACAUCAAGACAAAGUCCAAUAAGGCUUGCUGGAAUGAGACGAAGUACAUUCUGGUUAACUCUUUGAGCGACAAGUUAAAUUUUGACGUUUACGACUUCUCCAUGGAGAAGAAGAAAGGGUUACUCUUUGGAUCUCAUGAAGUGGAGCUAGGAACCCUUUUGCAAAGAGAUGAUCUUCUAGACCAGAAAUUCCCAAUUGAAUUGGCUGGCAAAAAGAAAGGAACGAUUAACUACGAUAUUCGUUGGUUCCCGACGCUCUCCUCCAAAGAUGACACUGAAAAGGAAGAAGAGAGCAAAGAAACCGAGACUCCUGAUUCAGAUGUUGGUAUCUUCAAAUUUACGCUUCGUGAUAUUAAGGGAUUGAAUACUUCUGGAACUGUAACAGGUAAGUUGAAUCCAAAGGCAGAAUUGCACUUGAACGGUGAGUUGGUUAAGGAAUUUAGAACUUUGAAGAACGCCAAUGAACCUUCGUGGGAAGCGACAACAGAAGUUUUGGUUACAGAAAAGACUCAAUCACUUGUGGCAUUGACAAUAACCGAUACUGGCGCACGCGACGGUGUUGUUAUUGAUUCAUUUAAGGACAGCUUGGAAAACUUAGCCUUUAAUUGUGCUGAGGGUAAAGACGUCUUCACAAUGGAUAAAGGCUCGAAAGUUCGUCUUAGUGCAGUGUGGAAGCCCCUUUCAUUGAGUGGCGCAGGCUCUACUCACACUCCUCCAAUCGGUACUCUUAGAUUGCACCUUAGAAAUGCCGAGCAGUUGUUAAACUUGGAAACUGUCGGUGAUGUUGAUCCUUAUUGUAAAGUGCUUCUUAGUAACAGAUUGAAAUAUCAGACUGCAUUCCAUCCUGAUACGUGCGAGCCAACAUUCAACGAGCUUGUUUACAUUCCAUUGACUUCUACAAGUCAACACGUUAGCCUGGAAGUUAUGGACUACCAAAAGGUUAGUAAAGAUCGUUCGCUUGGGUCAGCGAUCAUACCUAUCUCUCAGUUCAUCAAAAAAGACUCAAAUGGUAACUUUUUGUUCCACGAUGGAUCCAAGGAUAUUCUCUCUGCCUCCUUGAGCUUGAAAAAAAAGAAGCCUAAGGGAACAAUCUAUUACUCUGUUUCUUUCAUACCUGCAAUUCCAGUUUAUUCCUUGGCUGAAUUGAAUGAGCUUGAGGAACAAGAGAAAACACUUGCCUUGACCAAAAAGCAAAGAGAGGAAGAAGCAAAGGGAUGGGAAGAACUUUACAAGAAGUCUCCAAAUGAUUAUGAGUGGAUUGAAAUCGAAGACAAAGAGCAGGCCAUGUUGUCCAAGAAGGAGAAGAUGUCGCUUGAUCAACUUUUGACAUACAGAUCCGGCUCUCUGAUCAUUCAUACUGUCGGUGGUAAGCUCAAGAAGAAUGGAUCAUUUUUGCAGGUUCUUGUGGAUGACCAAUCGUCGCCAUCCUUUGUUUCUACCAAGAGUGCUGGUACCAAGCUGGACAACCAGUUUGGAGAAGCUUUUAUUCGUGAUUUACCAAACUCUACUUUUACGAUAAGAAACUCCAAGGGUCGUGUUGUAAAGGAUGAAGAAGACAUUUUGGCCCAAACUACCCUGAAGACUAUUGACCUGCUGAAAAAUGGAUUCGAUGCUCCACGUACAAUUUCUUUUGAGGGUGCCAGUGUGACUAUCCAAUUUGAAUAUCUACCAUCUGCUAUAAAGUUACCACCUUCUGAGACUAUUCUCGAUACCGGUAAAGCGAAGAUUGAGUUCUUAGACGCUCAAGGUUUGAAGAGUGCUGAUAGAAAUGGCAAAUCUGAUCCGUUUGUUUCUGUCAUGCUUGGUGAUAUCGAAUUGUUCAAAUCUAAGGUUGUGAAGAAAACCCUCAAUCCUACCUGGAAUGAAGGUACUACUUUACCAUUCAUGAGUAGAUCAAGAACUCAAAUGCAGCUUAAGGUCAUGGACUGGGAUAGGGCUGGUAAAAAUGAGUUGAUUGGUGAGACAAAACUCGAUAUUUCUGGUGUUCAACCGCUUACUUCUGAGACUGUCACCUUCAAACUCCAUCCUCAAGGUACUGUUCGUGCCAAGGUUACAUUCUCACCAGAGUACAUUCGCCCAAAGGUUGGAGCAAAGGAGUUUGGUCUGAACAUGUCCUACUUGGCCGGUGCACCACUCAAGGGUGUCGGUGCUGCCGCUAAUCUUGCUACUGGUGCUGUUGGUGCAGGUGCAGGUGUUGUCGGAGCAGGAGCAGGAGCAGUCACUGGAGGGGUUGGUGCCAGUGCAGAUCUUGUCUCUGAAGGUGUUGGUAAUAUCACAAAGGGUGGCUCUUCAUUGAUCAAAAGUGUUCUUGGUGGAAAGAAAAGCCACAAGGGCAGACCGUCUAUGGACGAAUCAUCAUCGUUGAACGGGGAUGCCAAAUCAGUGAAUUCCAGGGCUACGGGACACGGUUCACACAGUGCAAUUGCGUCUGCUAUGGAGCAACAACACCAGAGAACAGCCUCUCAAACAACAACGUUUACACAAGCAGCCAAGGGUAAGAAAUCUACCGAAGGUACUUUGAUAAUUCAUAAUGGUAAGAACCUCGGAAAGGAGGCUCAGUUGAAGGUGUCUCUUGCAAUCAACGGUACGUUAAAAACUAUCUACAAGACAAAGAAGACCAAGGCUACUAGUGGAGUCAUUAGAUGGGAUGAUGAGGUUUCCUUUGAUGCUCCAAAGGAAGCUGAGGUUGUAUUUGGAGGUGUUGUUCAUCACACAUUUUCAAAGGACACCGAACUAGGAACUGCUACGAUAAAACUUUCCGAAGUUAUCGAUAGCCCACGUGAAAUUACUUUGUCAUUGGGCCAAGGUGAAAUCAGUGUCAGUUUCAGAUACUCGCCGGACCCUGAUGAGCCUACAGACCCAGCUCCACCAGCGGAUUGGUGAUUGUGUGACUUUAAAACGGAUUAUAUAUUAUGUUUGUUUCUCUUGAUUGCAAU